CCCCUGUCAUUUUUUCGAGGUUGGUCUAUCCAGUACCUACCGACAUACCUACCUUACCUUUCCACUAUAGCUUUCUAUGUUGAAGUGUCUGCCUUGAUACAUCGCUUGACCAUCACCACUAUCUCUGUUUGUUUUUUUCUCUUUUUUUUUUCUUCUUCUGGUUUCUUCCAAGCAUUGCAUCAUGUCACGGGCAGAAAUUAUCAAGGCCUACCGGACGAUGUAUCGCACGAGCCUUCAGGCCGUCAUGUACUCAAAGCCGGCGCGCUUCGUGGUCCGCGAUCAACUACGUGACGCAUUCCGAGAUCCCUCCGGUCACUUUGAUAUGGAGGCAAUAAGGCGGACCGUGCUGUUCCUGCGGUCGGCGGCCAGGGAGCGUGGGCUGGCGCACAAUAUUGUGAAGAACCUGGUGUACAUGGCAUGGUGUCAGCGGCAAUCUGAAGCUGUUCCGUAUCACAUUGUGCUGCUGCAGGCCAGCCAGAGACAAAAUGAUCAUUCUAAAGCGACGGCUCUUGCUCACUACAAGCAAACCGUUGACAUGCUCAAUCUUACCAUGAAGCUGUGCCUGAGGUGAUGAGGAUUGUUUCAUGGUUGGUUUUGUCCAAUCACGGUCCUGCAAGGUUGAUUGAGCCUUACCUUGUCCACUUGGAUCGCCUCUCCUGCAACCACGGAAUCCCAUUUACGUUGGACUUGGAUGCAGUCAUCGCCUUGCAUGCUGGCCUGACAGAUAACAAGCCAGAUAAUUAAGGCAAGCCACGACACAGACUGUCGGAUGGGAGCGUAGAAAAGAUGUACGAUUAUCCGGGCAAUGAUCUUGGAGACGCUGAGGGGCCGCUUUCUGUGAGUGGUAAAGCGAAUGGUAGACAGCCGGUGAAAUUCUUAUUGAUCUGCAAAGGGUGGAGGAACGAGCAAAGUGAGGAGUGCAAAGAGGAGCUGUUUGGUCAGACCCAUGCAAAGCUUCCUAUUGGCGAUUGGGGAUAACGUGAGUCUGUAUGGGUGCAGUGGGCGACAGCUGUCAACACGAGAUUAACCCCAACAUAGUCGGUGUUUGACCAAUAUUAAACAGCAGACAUCUGUGGAGUGGACAAAUGGGAUGGGAUGGGAUUUCGCCAGUCUUCUCAUCCAACCACUAUAUACUGGAGAAAAUCGUAAUAGUUUUAUUACAGUAACAACUAAAAUCAAAGCUUGGUUGGG